CGCACGCCGCACGGCCGAGGCGAGACACACACAACCUCACAACACAGCACGUCGCGGAGCCGCGGACGCCAUCGACGCCAUCCCAGCUGUGGCGCGCCCCGCCGUCGCGGUCCCAGUCCACACCAUGAGGGCCCUCGCCGUGCUGCUGCUGUCGGCAGCCCUGCUGGCCGACGCGCUCGCCGCCAGGAACGUGACCGGCGGCCGCAGGCGAAACCCCGGCCGCCCCGGCCUCGGCAACCGACAGGGAGACCCGGCGUAUGACGAGGACUUCGUGGGGCCUUCCGACCCGAACUACGAAGUGGUGACGACGCCCAGGGACAACCUGAGCGGCCCCGCCCCCAUCCCCGAAGACCCCAACUGCGUGUGUGUGCCGUACUACCAGUGCGACGCCAACCAGAACGUCAACCAGGACGGCGAGGGCAUCAUCGACAUCAGGAUAAAGGAGGGAGGGUGCCCCCACUACCUGGACUUCUGCUGCAGUCUCCAGAACGGAAAUGUGAGCCCCACUCCCCCCACCAGCACCUCCGAGCCGUCCUACCCCGACCUCCCGACGCAGGAGCCUCCCCGGCCGCAGCCCCCCACGAGGCCGCCCCCGCCGACCACGGACUUCCACCCCACGCCGCCACCGCAGCAGAUGCAGUGCGGCGUGCGCAACCCCGAGGGCGUCGGCUUCAGGAUCACCGGCGGCGAGGACGGCGAGGCGCAGUUCGGGGAGUUCCCCUGGAUGGUGGCCAUCCUCCAGCAGGAGAAGAUCGACGACCAGGCCAAGCCCCUGAACCUGUACCAGUGCGGCGGCGCCCUCAUCCACCCCCAGGUCGUCCUCACCGGGGCGCACUGCGUGGCGGGCAAGCAGCCAAAUUUAUUGAAAAUAAGAGCAGGCGAAUGGGACACACAAACCACAAAAGAGGUGUACGCUCACCAGGAUCGUGGUGUUGCAUCAAUCAUUGCUCACCCUCAAUUUAACCCAAGAAGUCUCCACAAUGAUAUUGCUCUGCUGAUCCUUCUUGAUCCUGUGCAAGUUGGCGGUCACAUUGGCGUAAUCUGCCUGCCAGAGCAAGAUCAAGUCUUCGACUACAAGAGGUGUUUUGCCAGCGGUUGGGGCAAGGAUAAAUUUGAGCAAGAUGGCCAGUAUCAAGUCAUCUUGAAGAAACGUGAUCUUCCCAUAGUGCCAAAUCCUGAGUGCCAAGAGCUUCUUCGCAAGACUCGCCUUGGAGCAUACUUCCUUUUGGAUGCUAGUUUUAUCUGCGCAGGUGGAGAACCUGGCCGAGACACUUGCAAGGGUGAUGGAGGCAGCCCAUUGGUGUGUCCCAUUGAUAAUGAACCAAAUCGCUACUAUCAUGCAGGAAUAGUUGCCUGGGGCAUUGACUGCGGUCUUGCCAAUAUACCUGCAGUGUACAGCAGUGUGGCUCGUUUCAGAAACUGGAUUGAUAACGAGUUAUCAAAGUUAAAUGUUGAUACAUCCGGUUACCGAGCAUAAAAUGGUCAAAAGAAUCUCAUAUUCAUUCUGUACUGCUACAACUCUUUCAUUGAUCUCUCUUGCUCUAGUGCAUUUUGGUUAUGGAUUUUUUUUUCACAAUCAUAAGGCAGGGUAAUCAGAUGUACGAAUUGCUCAUACCAUCAUUUCUACUCAAUAGGACGACAUGAACUUUGUAAAUUAUUCAUUAUUAAUAAAUUAGUUUGUAACAAGUAUGCAUCUUUUA